AUGUUUCUUAUAUUCAAGGUAAUAAUCAUAUCAUUUCUGAACUCUCUUACUGAAGGAUCCAUUGAUGGAAAGAGCUACUUGGAUUCGUUAGCCAUGAAGAAUUUUAAAGAAAAACCUGGUGAAGACCCCUGCAAUCCUCUUUAUUGGUAUCCGAGACACAUUCCAGAGUAUUGUCAAUACCGAGCCCCAAAUAAACCCGAUAUAAAACUUCCUAUUCAGGUACCUCUGCCCGUACCUUUGCCUCUUGUGCCUCCCAUGCCUGUUCCGUUGCCCAUUCCCCCUUUGCCUUACGGUGUACCUAUAGUGCCUAGUAAUCCAAUGAUCCCCAUUGUUCCAAAUCUAUACUACCCACCGAUUUCAAGCCAUUCCGCUCCAUUCUAUCCGCAGCCUCAAGCUGCAAUGGUACCUGGUAUUUCUGGAAUAGUUUCAAGAGAUGGAGGUAUAAACAUACUACCAUUCUCCGACGCCUAUGCUGACAUGUUGGAAAAACACAAAAACAACAUGAUAAGGCGAAAAUUAGAAAGAUUACUAGACCGAUUUGACGAAUAUCCAAACCGUGGAACAUAUAGACGAUUGAAAAAAUACAGGCAAGCACUAUAUUAUGAUUAA